CGGUGUCAAGGUACGGCCAGCUAGACAUCAUGUACAACAACGCUGGAAUCGGAGGUAACCUCGACACCACCAUCUUAAACUCGGACAACGCCGACUUCAAGAAGGUGCUUGAAAUCAACCUCUUCGGAUCCUUCCUCGGAGCCAAACACGCCGCCAGGGUUAUGAUUCCCGCAAGGAAAGGUUGCAUCUUGUUCACCGGCAGCGUUGCCGCUUCUAUAAGUGGCGACUUGUCUUACGCAUACAAGGCUUCCAAGCAUGCUAUUUUGGGGCUCAACAACAACUUGACCGUGGAGCUGGGCAAGUACGGCAUCAGGGUCAACACCAUUUCUCCCUAUGGAGUGGCCACUCCCAUGGUCACAAGCGGCAUGCAAAUGGACAAGAAGGCUGCUGAGGAAUUCAUGUCCGCCGCUGGAAACUUGAGAGGGGCUAUCCUCGAACCCGAGGAUGUUGCUCGGGCUGCCUUAUACUUGGCCACGGUGUCAAGGUACGGCCAGCUAGACAUCAUGUACAACAACGCUGGAAUCGGAGGUAACCUCGACACCACCAUCUUAAACUCGGACAACGCCGACUUCAAGAAGGUGCUUGAAAUCAACCUCUUCGGAUCCUUCCUCGGAGCCAAACACGCCGCCAGGGUUAUGAUUCCCGCAAGGAAAGGUUGCAUCUUGUUCACCGGCAGCGUUGCCGCUUCUAUAAGUGGCGACUUGUCUUACGCAUACAAGGCUUCCAAGCAUGCUAUUUUGGGGCUCAACAACAACUUGACCGUGGAGCUGGGCAAGUACGGCAUCAGGGUCAACACCAUUUCUCCCUAUGGAGUGGCCACUCCCAUGGUCACAAGCGGCAUGCAAAUGGACAAGAAGGCUGCUGAGGAAUUCAUGUCCGCCGCUGGAAACUUGAGAGGGGCUAUCCUCGAACCCGAGGAUGUUGCUCGGGCUGCCUUAUACUUGGCCAGUGACGAUGCAAAA